AUGCCCACACCCAUCAAAACCACGCACGCCCUCCUCCUCGCAUCCGGCGACCCCCCCGCAACAGUACACAUCAAAAACAUCCAAUCCACCAUCACCGGCCCCAGCGACGCAUGGGGCCGAACAAACCGCCCCCAACCCAUCUCCAUCUCCGUCACCGUCCGCAUGCUCAAGUCCUUCGGCUCGACCUCCACCGCCGACGCCCUCGCCUCCGACACGGUGCACUACGGGCUCCUCACGAAAGCCGUCCUCUCAACACUCACACGCCUCGACGCCCACGACCAAAUCCUCACACUGCCGGACGUCCUGGAGAACAUAUGGAUCGACCUCACCGGCCUGGACACGUUCGGAUCUCCCGUAGACGACGACAAGGGCCCGCCGUUUCUGCAGCUCCAGUUCAUAAAGAGUCUGGACGUGUCUGUUCGAUUACCAAAGGCUACGCUGCAGGGCGACGGGGUGAGUCUGACGGGCACAGCGGUGUUUAGCAAUGGGGCGAUGACGAUGCGUGGCAUGAGGUUGAGGAUUCAUGACUUGCGGAUCCCGAUUCUCAUUGGGCUGAAUCCUAAUGAGAGGUGUGCGAAGCAGACGGUUGUGACGAAUGUUGAGGUGGAGAGGUUUGAUGAGGUGCUUGAUAGUUAUUGUCUCCUGGAGGAUGUGGUUGUCAAGGCAAUGACAAACUCGUCGUUUGAGACAAUCGAGGCGUUGCUGGCGGAUUUGGCUUUGCAAAUCACGACGCACUUGGCAAAGAAGCAUCAGGAGCCUCUGGAUGGGGAGGGGUGGCUGCUCAAGAUUGCGGUUGAGAAGCCUAUUGCUGUUGUGUUUGCGGAUGCGCCGUGCGUGGAGUUGAGAAUAAACACGAAUGAUGUGAUUCUCACUAAGGAGGUUGCGUAG